UAAAUUUUUUCUUUAAAGAUUUAAACGCCCCAACAAUUUAUUUUGGCCACAGACCAUGGUUGAAUAAUGAAACAAUUUUGGCUGAAAUGAAAGGAAAUUUACAAUUGGUGGAACACGCCGCCAAAAUUUUUCUUGAAAAUUAUUCCCAAUCAAUUCAACUGUUUUCUGCCGCAAUUGGCCAAUUUAAACGUUAUCAUUGUAAAAGAUUUGCGACUUUGUCUUAUUUAAAUAUUGCCGAAGAAUAUAUUUGUUUUAAACAAUUUGGGAAUUCUUUACAGAUUCUCCAACACGUUUCAACAGAACUUCGAACAUCUUCAUUUUAUUCACUUUUGCGUAAUGUACUUGUAUUAAUGGCUAAUUGUGCUUAUUGCUCUUUAAAUAUUAAUGAGUGGAUUUUGGCUAUAGUUCAAUUACUUCAUUCAGAAAUGACAAAUUUAUCUUCUCAAAUAGAACCUAAUUUACUCGAAGAUGCUCAAAAUUAUUUUUCUGGUCAUUCUUCUAUACCUUUUCCUAUUUUACCUAAUUUUCCGUUUUAUGAAGAAGAGAUCUGUUCUAUUCGUCCCCAAUGGGAACAAAAUUUAUCAGUUAAUGAAGUAAGGAGACAGCAAAAUUUAUUUAAACUAGAAUUGAGUCAAUUGGGGAAUUAUUCUUUUUUGAAUUGUAAAAUACGUUUUUUGCCUGUUAAUAUCAACAAAACAACAGAAUUUGAGGAAGAAAAUGAAAAUAAAUAUUUAAAUAUACGUUCUGGAGAUUCUUUACCUAUUGAGGUAUACCUAAAUUAAUAUUCUCCUCACUAUCCCCCAAACCCCUCUUAAUCCUCAAAAUGCCUCAAUAUCUUUCCCAAAUUCUUCUAAUCUCUCAAUAUCCCCCAAUCUCCAAAUAUACUCCCAAUCUCCAAUACCCCCUAAUCCCCCAUAUCUUUCGAUAUUCGACAAAAUCCCCGAUAUCCCUCUUACAAUUAGUCCCCCAAAUCCACAAUAUCUCUUGUAAUCCCUCCAAGUUCGCCUCCCUCGAUGACCUUACAAUCCAACACAAAUUCCCCGAUAUCCCUCUUUAUCACUCAAAUCCACAAUAUCUCUUCUAAUCCCUAUAAAUUCGCCUCCCUCGAUAAACCUAUAGAUUCCAGUUUAGCAUUCAUAACCUGCUUCUUUACAAUUUAC